AAAGAAAAAAAUCGGAGGAGAGGCGUCGAGCGCGCGCUCGUUGUCUGCGUCCGAGUCCCGCGCUAGCGACGACGCGCUCCUCGGAUAUAUUAAACGCGCUCUACCGCAGUCCACAAUCCGGCAAUACAGAACCCCAUUUCCCCCAACACACAUCAUCUCGACCCGUCGCUCGUGUGCCUGUUUACCCUGACGUCGACCGACCCAGGCAUCACCGGCAUCAUUUUUUCCGUGACCUGACUUCCAGCGAACCCCCUGACUGCCUCCACCACAGCACAGACGGCUCCCUUCCCCGCAGCCUUCCCGUCCAUUUUUUGACCGGUUCCUCGUGCCUGCCGGAACGUUCUCUUCGUAGUGUACUAUUCGGCGCCUAGUGUUUGUCGUAUGUGAAGUGACUGAAGAGAUGAUGGUGGCUCCUGCUUCGUGAUCAGCACCAACUGUGUCAGUUGGGGCUGACUCCCUUUUGGGUCAUGGUUGGGAUAUGACGGGACGGUGGACCAUGCUGCAGCUUCGGAGACAGGAAUGUCGCCUCCUGCUGUUCAUCUGCUGGGUGUCGGCGUGGCGAGGCUGCGAAGCACUGCCGCCGGUAAUAAAAGUCGGAGGACUCUUCGAUAACGCCGACGACGAACAGGAGUUCGCCUUCCGCGUGGCCAUUGAUCGCAUCAACAACGACAACGGCUUACUUCGAUCUCGGCUCGUGCCUCACAUUGAACGCCUCGACAAAGACGACAGCUUCCGCGCAACUAAGAAAGUAUGUACCUUAUUGGGCCAAGGUAUCGCUGGCAUCUUCGGCCCUUCCUCCGACGUGACCAGCAUCCACGUGCAGUCCAUCUGCGACGCGCUGGACAUCCCGCACAUCGAGAUGAGAUGGGAUUUCCAGCUGCAGAGGGACGACCUUUCCAUCAAUCUCUUCCCCAAGCCCUCGGUUCUGGCCAAGGCCUACGUAGAUCUCAUCAAGACCUGGAGGUGGGAGUCCUUUGCACUGGUGUACGAGGACCACGAAGGGAUAAUAAGGUUGCAAGAUUUUCUGAAAGAAGCUCGCUCCAACGACUGGGUGAUCCAGAUGUAUCAGUUCCAUAUGGGACAGCCUUACCGCGACCUCUUCUGGAAGAUCAAAGUGACCGAAGAGACCCGGAUCGUGCUCGACGUCAAGCGUGAAAACCUUUUCACUGCACUCAAGCAUGCUCAGCAAGUUGGAAUGCUAACUGAAAGACACAGCUACCUCAUUACCUCUUUGGAUUUGCACACAGUGGAUCUGGAAGAAUUCAAGUACGGCCAAACAAGAAUCACGGGCUAUCGACUGGUAGAUGUGGAAAGUCCAGAACUGCAGGGCUUUCUCAAGGAUUGGGCGGCCAUGUCUUCCAGGAAAGACAAUAGGAUACCCGUCCCAGAAACAAUUAGGACGGAGACAGCGCUCAUGUAUGACGCUGUGAAACUAUUUGCCAACGGUCUCAAUCAACUCGACUCGACGAAAUCCGUUGAAUUUCCAGUCAUAUCGUGCGAUGUGGCAGUUUCUUCUUCGGAUGGCAGCAGCCUCAUAAACCUUAUGAAGCCCAUUUCUAUACAAGGCCUUACUGGACUAGUCAGUUUCGACCCGCAGGGAUUUCGUUCAUCUUUCGUCUUAGACAUAAUGGCCUUAAAGAGUGAUGGGCUGCAGAAGGUAGGGCGAUGGACGCCAAGGGACAACGUUACGGUUGAUGAAAACGCCACGUCGGACUACAACUCUUUGUUUUUACAAAAUAAAACGCUGAUAGUCACCACAGUUCUCACUCCCCCCUACAUGAUGCUUAAAGAAUCAGCGAAGGAUCUAGUGGGAAACGAUCGGUAUGAAGGCUAUUGCGUUGACCUCAUGCAGGAGCUGUCCCAUCAGCUCAACUUCAACUAUGAGAUUCAACAAGUGAAAGACAGCGCUUACGGUUUACAGAACGAAGCCGGGGAAUGGAACGGCAUGAUUGGCGAAGUCGUGAGCGGGAAAGCUGACCUGGCGAUUGCAGACCUGACCAUCACAUCAAAACGUGAAGUGGCCGUAGAUUUUACCAUGCCUUUUAUGAACACGGGUAUCAGCAUCUUGUUCAAGAAGCCCACAGAGAAAGUGACAACACUCUUCAGUUUUCUAUGGCCCUUCAGCAUGGAGGUCUGGGCGUAUGUGGUUGGCGCUUACGUCGGCGUUUCCGUGGUACUGUUCCUGGUAGGCCGUCUGAGUCCCUACGAAUGGGACAACCCUCACCCAUGCCGCCAGCAGGACCAGGUGCUUGAGAACAACUUCAGUCUUCUAAAUUCGUUAUGGUUCACCAUUGGAUCCCUCAUGCAGCAAGGCUCCGACCUUGCUCCUAAAGCUAUGUCAACAAGAACGGUAGCUGGUAUUUGGUAUUUCUUCACGCUCAUCAUGAUAUCAUCCUACACCGCCAACUUGGCUGCUUUCCUGACGGUAGAGAAAACAAACUACCCCAUUGAGAAUGCGGAGGACUUAGCGAAGCAGACCUCCAUAAAGUAUGGUUGCCUCAAAUCUGGGAGCACACGUUCUUUCUUCGCCGAAUCUAAGAUCCCCACAUACAGAAAGAUGCAUAAGUACAUGCUGAGUCACGAAGAAGUAUACGUGGCAUCAAAUGACGAAGGUGUCGACAAGGUCAUGGCGGGUGACUAUGCGUAUCUAAUGGAAUCUGCUUCCAUCGAGUACAUCAUUGAAAGGAACUGCAACCUGACACAGAUUGGUGGACUUCUAGACAACAAAGGAUAUGGAAUUGUCACGAAAAAAAAAUCUCCAUACCGUCAAAUUCUGUCAAGUGGAAUUCUAAAACUCCAAGAAGCUGGGAAACUUCAUAGCUUCAAAGAAAAAUGGUGGAAAGAGAGAAAAGGCGGCGGAAAGUGCGCAGAUGACUCUAAAAAAUCUUCAGCCGUAACGGAACUGAGCCUGGCCAACGUGGGUGGUGUGUUCGUCGUCCUACUAGGAGGUCUAGGGCUAGCGUCUGUCGUGGCAAUUAUGGAGUUCCUCUACAAGGCUAGGAAGUCGUCGAGGGAAGGCUCAGGCUCCUUGUGCAAAGAAAUGCUGAAGCAGCUGAAAUUUGCCAUCUCGUGCCGGAGCUCCACAAUGCCUGCGAAAAGCGAUAAGCCUCUGGAACUGGAAAGCAACGGGGGCGACUACCGCAUCGCAACUGUGCCGUCUUUCCAGUCCGACUUCUAAGCCAGAGGAACAUCCACCACAUCCACCACACCCAUCAUUCUCUCCCUCAUCCCAGAAUAUCUCUCUUAGAAGGCGUUGGCUGGCCGCCUCGGUAUGGUGCUUCGUGUGUUUCCCGGAGCCUUCAAAGUACCUUCAGUACGAUAGAUUAGAGACCCUUUUGACGUUACCGGCGUCAGUGGUAGCUUUUAAGAUUCAUGUGAUAUGUAAGAGUAACUCGCCAUACACGGUUUCGGACACCUGGUUACACAAGGGAGGAUCACACAUGUGUUCGCUCAUCUGGACAGCUGCCACGUCUUGUGGAGCGGUCCGGUGCCGUUACAAUAGUAGGAAAUUUAAGUUUUAGCUUUGUGUUUGCUGCUGCGCUCCAUGCACCGAGUGCGCACUCUGGGCAAUUUCGUGAGCGAGAGCAACAAGAGUAUUUCCCUGAGCCAAACUCGUGCUCUUCUUAAGCUACCUCCGUAUCAUUGUUAUUUGCCACCCCUUCCAGAUAGUACUACAUUUGUGGGCCAUUCAGUUUCGAAGUUAAUUAUUAUACUCAAUUUAUCGUGCGUUUCCGUGUUAUGGGCGCAGUUCCAGUGCACUGAGUGCUUUUGCGUUGCGGUAUAUUUAUUAUGCGGAACACGGCGGAAAAGUAUUUAUGAUAUAUAUCACUAGUUCGUGCAUGCGUUGCGUUCGUAAAACAUAAAUAAAAGCGCGUUUCCGUACUUUUGCUCUGAUUAGCGAUGCGAGGAACUCUCAGUAUGGUAAUGCCAUGCUCACUUUUGGCCACGCGCUGGCGAAAGUGGGCUGCUACAUAUUCACAAAUAAGUGUCUAUUAUUUAUGGCAAACACAUUUCGCUCUGGAGGGUCGAAUAUUCGACCGUCCCUAAGGCAUCUGCGGUUUGUUCUACAGAUGAACCAUUUGAUUAAACCCUAUCCCUGCAUGAAACCUCACAUCAGAUUUUCCUGUGAAAACAGAGCCUCACAUUCUGUUUAUAAAUCGCUGCCUUACACUGACAUUGUUUCCCUGAUAGAGGAAGCUUUACUAGGGAAACAAUAAAUCGUUUUUGCGUGCUGCAGAACUAGGGAAUAUUGAUAUUUGGCUUUAUUUUUAAUUUUUACUCGCUUUACGUUAAAUAACGGAAGCUGGGGAGCACAGCUCUAUAGUCAGCUAUUAAUACUUCUACAAAGGCGCACUGAAGCCAGAGCUAGCUAAACGGUGUUAAUUUGUAUCACGUUGAACUGCGUUUGCCUCAUGAAUCAUCUUCCUUGCCUCCCUCGUUAACUGGUAGAGUGACGAAAAGAAGGAAAGGUUUAAAUACAGGCGAGGAUAUUAUGACUGCUUAGCAUGGUCACACUUCAUCGGAAUUGUACAAUUUCUUAUUUUUCAGAAGCACUCUUCUUGGAAUUACGAAACAUUUCGGUGUCUUUGUAGACUACUCUUCCUCCGAUUGUUUCAAUUGCUGGUCUUUCAUCUUAUCAAAUGUAGGCGCCAAUAGCCUCAUUGACAUAUGCUGAAUAGAAAAUUUAUUUCACUUGGUGACCAAACGACCAUCGGUAAUGUGACAUAUGCCUAUGUCUAAUCAGAGCAAUGGCAUGGGAACACAUUUCCUAACGAGCACUACAGGUAAUUUUUUUUUUCAAAGGGGAAUUGUCGAAUGCUAACAGGGAGGACGCAUUUGUCCGUUCCUUCCCUUUGUCAGCACUGCUCAGAGUUGUUACGACAUCGGUACACGGUGCUUGAAAGGAAAGAACGCCCAUGUUACAGACUGACAAGACCUGUAAGACCUAUAAGAGACCUAUAAGACUUAUAAGCACCUUUCGCUUUUUCAGCUGUUCCUGAUACUCUACUUGGGUGUUGUUUUCACCUACCAAUACGUAGUAAAUUAGUUGGUCCAACUCUACUCGGCAGGUAAGGAAGAUGACGAUCAAGAAAAUUAGCUCAUUUUCCGGAAGCGCGCAGCAACAGGGACACAACCAUCGGUAAUGUGACAUGUACAUUGGCGUCAAAAUAUUAAUGCUGCCAACGCUGUAGAUACAGCUGCGUUGUCAACGCUCCCCUUUUGUGUGUAUAAUAGGCGUACCACGACAGUUUUUAUUCGUGCGUACAGGUGCGUCCCCUCUCGCGGUGCCCGAACCACACAGACGCUCUCGAAUGCUGUUUAGCAGGAAAGGGAGAUGCGUCAGUGUAGGAGUCACCGAUAUUCGAAGAAAAACCUCACCGAUAAGCUUGGGCCAUAAAAUCCUAACCUUGUAUUUCAAAACCAUAUUGCAAAAAAAAAAAAACAGUGAAAAACAGUGACGCCCAGUGAAGAGACUAGAUUGGCAUCGCUGACGGCACCGCAAGUGGCAGUGGGCUUGAAGGCGUUCACUGCCUCACAAACAACAACAAUUUCAUCACCCAUAUGCCCUAUUUAUCCGUUACGUUAACAAUACCUUGCUACGGUUUUCUCCAACGCCAACGUGCACUUUUUCAGUAUUUUACACGUAAUAACUGACAAGACAUAGUGAGCUAUCAUCAAAAGCACAGAACGACGUAUAAAUUCACAAACCUAGUGCAGGGCCAGAAUGACUGAACUUCUUUCCCUCUCUCAUAUAUCCUGCAGGUCCCGAUAAAAGUUUAUGGAACACGCGAGCUGCGUACUUGUUCUCCGGUGCGACACCCUAUCGGCAGGCGGAAGCGGGCGAGUUGGGAGAGUUCACUGCUUCGGAGGAGCGGAUGAGUGUGCUGCUAGCGACAAACUGCGGUAGUUUCGGUAUUGCUUCUCUUGAAUGCACAUGCCCGCGAAGUGGGUUGGAUUUCCCUGCAGUGUUCUCCAACACCACGUGAUUGUACGAUUGUGAAGGCUGGCAGCUCGCCGCUAUCAUUGGGAUAACAAGGAUUAGUCAUGUGGAAACACUUGGUGAUUGCUUUUAUUGGAAAGCAGCGACGCGGUGACAGGCGAAAGAAACAAGAUGUAUCUUUUGCACAAUUGAACCGUUACGGGACGAUCACAUUAAAUAUCGAGGCACUUUACAUAUACAAUCUUUCAGUCACGUGGUGUUAGGACAGCACUGCAGUGAAAUCCGACCCACUUCUCGGGCACGUUCAACAGAAGCAAUACCGAAACCACCACAGUGUGUCGUAGCAGCACAUUCUUCGCCCCUCCGAAGGAGUGAACUCGCCCGUACUCGCCGGCUUCCGCCUGCAGCUAGGGUGGCGCACCGGAGAAAACGUACUCAGCUCGCGUGUUCCGUAAUCUUUGGUCGGGACCUACAAGCACCAUAUAUUGUAUACCAUGUUCUGCAUUUGUGCUUCAAGCAGUUGAUAAACCACGCAAUAUGUUCCACAGAGGGAAUGGCGGAGAAAACAUUAACGUAUUGUACAUACGUAACGUGUAUUGCACAUACCUUUAGCCUCUGGGAGGAGGCCUCAUCUUUCAGCUUGAUGUUUGUACUAUGUUCGAGAAAUUUUGUUGGUGUAUUUUAGCCUGUGAAUACGCGAGAGCUAUACGAUCAUGAGUAUACCGAGACAAAUCUGUAUCCAAACUCCUUUGGUUUGCUACGCCUCAUGCAUAUACGGCAUUGAAUUGCCAAAUGAGGGACUUGGUAUACAUUUGUAUGAAUUGUGUGAGCUACGUCAUUAGCUGUCCCCGCCCAUCCCCCUUCAAAUGGGAACACAUGAGAAUGGAACAAGGGCGCCACCACCGCUCUUGUACGCUUUUUGAGGGCAUCGCAUGUCGACAUCCCUGACAGACGACCCUGUGUACAUGGACUUUGCUCAUCUCAUUAUCGAGAAGGAAUAACCUUAAGUUAUCUACCUAUAGUGUGUCCGUGUUAUUUUUGUAUGUAACAUAGCGCCGAGUGACGGAAGGUACCAAGUUAAACGUGAACAAGUCUGGAACAGAACACUGGGUUGUUCACGACACCAUUUAGUGAAUGUCUAAUCAAGUAACAUGUAACAGUUGUACAGGGAAUGAAUAACCAUGUCAUCGUCAUGUCAUUCUUAGUCACUGUACCACUUGCUAUACUUUUUAUUCUAGGGUUCGCGUAGUGUGCUCCACAUGGUAUUUCGUUAUUUGUUGAAGAAAGUCACUUCAUUUCGUUUUGUAGUCUUUCAGGCUGUAGGAAAAAAAAAAGUAGUUUUGCUUCUGGAGUAGCGAAGUUUCAGGAAAGUACCUUCGUAAUAUUUCAUGCUCAAUGCGCGUAACGGGGCGGUUAUGGAUGAAUCAAUCCGGUUUGUGUUGCUGACUUUUCCUGUAACAUACUUUGGAAGUGCCAUAUUUCCUAAUGUCGCUUCGUUCCCUUGUAGUAUACGGCCACGAAAGAGAAAAGUGUUCUUGAUAUGAGGAAUUAUUACGUGGUUUAGAAAUCUACACUGCGUUUUGGAGGUUUUGACUUCAGUCUCACAUGAGCCGCAUAAGUCUGCCAGGUUGAGAUGGUUUGUUGAAAAGCAUGUUGAUCUACAGUGUGUUAUCAUUUUGAUAACUUAUGGAACUAUUUUAAUAAAAGUUAUUCAAUAAAA